UCACAGGUCACGUGACCCGGAAAAUGUGGUCCUUGAUUCCUGUGUUGAACUGCGCUCAGCUGCUGCGCCUCUGUCCUUCGCAGUGCAAACCGCCUGUCGUCCGCAUAACGACCGGCGACCCCCGGGCGGACUCUCCUCCUCAGCGCAGCACCAUGUCGGACGAAGCUUUUGUGACGUUGGCCACGAACGACAGCUACGCCAGGGGGGCGAUGGUUCUCGGCCAGUCGUUACGAAACCACAACACAACCAAGAAACUGGUCGCACUCGUCGGACCUCAUGUUGCAGAACCUUGCAGAGGCACACUGCGCUCCAUUUUCGAUGAGGUGUGUGUGGUGGACGUCAUGGACUCGGGCGACACGGCUCACCUGGCCCUGAUGAAGCGUCCCGACCUGGGAGUCACAUUCACCAAGCUGCACUGCUGGACACUCACACACUACAGCAAGUGUGUGUUCAUGGACGCAGACACACUGGUGCUGUCAAAUAUCGAUGAGCUCUUUGAGAGGGAGGAGCUCUCUGCAGCACCAGAUCCUGGUUGGCCGGACUGCUUCAACUCGGGGGUCUUCGUCUUCAGGCCGUCCGACGAGACGCACGAGAAGCUGCUCGCGUUCUGUGGUGAAAACGGAAGCUUUGACGGUGGAGAUCAGGGGGUUCUCAACAGCUUCUUCGACACCUGGGCGACGGCAGAUAUCUCCAAACACCUCCCCUUCAUCUACAACCUCAGCAGCAUCGCCAUCUACUCCUACCUGCCUGCGUUCAAACAGUACGGCCAUGACGCCAAGGUGGUGCACUUCCUCGGCAAGGUGAAGCCGUGGAACUACUCCUAUGACGCACAGAAGGGCGAGGUCAGGGGUCACUCCACGUCGCCGGACCCGUGCCAACUGCACCCCGACUACCUGCUCAUGUGGUGGCAGCUGUACACCGAGUCUGUGCUGCCGCUGUUGCAGCACGCCUACGGGGACACGCCCUUCAACAGCGGCUUCGUGCAGGAGAGCCAGAACGCCAAGCUUCACGAGGAUGUGCAAGAGCGGCCGCAGCCCUCGGCUCCUCCUCCUCCGCAGAAGGUUUCGUCAGAGGAGAGGAAGCAGCGCUGGGAGGCGGGCCAGAUCGACUACAUGGGCGACGACUCCUUCGCCAACAUCGAGCGCAAGCUUGACUCCUUCUUAAAGUAGCGGACAGAGAGAGAGAGAGAGAGAGAGAGAGAGAGAGGGAGAGCGCCAUGUGAAGCUCUGUGUGGGCGGAGAUUCAAACCGCUGCUCAGCUUGAUUUAUCAAGUGACUGAGUGAACGUUCAGCCUCGCUCUCGGCCUCCUGUCGGUGUGUAGGGAUGACAGAGAGGAGAAGUUCGACACAGUUUCCCAUGCACUCUCACCAUUCACGUUUGGGUUUUUUUCACUAGUUGGACAGUUUGGAAAAUCCUUCCAUUUGCUUUCUUGCCUAGUAACAAAAAAAAGUAAAGAAGAAGACUGAUACCGCUCACAUGUCUGUAAAUACGAAGCUCAGCUCAGAAUAAAGACGGGAAACAUCUGCGACCUCGGCACGGUGCAUCCCACUGUGAUCUGGUCACAUAGUGUUGAAUAUGCAAACCUUAGUGGAACGAAUCAGAAUGCUAUUUUUCUAACAUUAUCCAUCUGUGGGUUACAUCUUUUCCAUCAGAUUUUUACUGUCUGCUCAGAACGAUGUUUUAUGCUUAGUUAUGUACUCAACUGUUUUUGUUCGAGGCCAGAAAAUAGUCUCGCACAAUACACACUCGUUAAACAGCCAACUUUUAAUUUUUAACAUUUGGUAUGAAUUAAACAAAUGACAUACAAUUUGUUAAUGAGCAAGCUUUUCGUUUCUCUAAACGUUUCGUUUCCAGUCUUUGUUCUGAGCUGAUGGUGGUAGCUUCAUCUAAUUUAUCCUCUCGCACUCUAUAACAAAGUGAAUGCCAAGUCUCAAAGUGUCCAACUAUUCCUUUUAAGUGUUGUUGUGCAUCUGAUGGAUAUGGAUUCAUAGUCUUCCGAACAGAAACAGAAAAAAAAAGCUUACUGCUGAAGGGAAAUCAGUAAGUUUAAAAGUUGUUUCUGGAUUUUCCCCACAACUCUUAUCCUGCAUUACGUCUCUA